AUGACUGAACUAUACUUUCUACGCCACGCCGAACGAAUAGACCAUGCGCUCAAGAAGUCCCCAUCGGCGAAACCAAUCACGGAGGAGUACAAGCCAUUUGACCCUUCCUUGUCGGAGCUGGGCGUUGAGCAGUUGAAAACCACUGUUGAAGAUAUAUGCCACACCACUAGUGCCUUUACUGAUAAGGAAUCAUCGUUGAGAAAGAAUGUUUAUAUCCAUUUCAGCCCCUACUUGAGGUGUUGUCAGACUGCAGACGUGUUAAUAACAGAGUUGAAGGCCAAAUUUGCUGAAUCAUUUCCCAACUACAAGGUGAGAUUCCAGCUAUUGGGGGAUUUUGCUCUUAGUGAGUGGGUUCACGAGACGAUGGAAAACAAGCCACCCUAUGUCGAUUCCAACGAUGCCUACAACAUGUACACUCCCAAUCUAAAGAGAUUGAAAAAUAAAAAUGCGUGUUCAAACUUCAGACCAACAAUCACUUUGGGCCACUACAAUGGACCCGGUUUAAGCUUUGACGAAUAUGAACAGCGGUGCAAGGAGUAUUUCCAGAAACUAUUGGCUACCUAUGACAAGCCCUCGUAUAUCAAGAACCAGGACAUCAUAGUCGUGGUUUCGCACGGCUACUUGAUCAACAACCUCAUGUCGUACUUUGUCAGCCAUCCGAUAUUCCAGGAGAUCCCCGAAGCCGCCAUCAACUUUGCCAGACGCGAAAAGAAGCAAGAAUUUGAGAAUAGCCAGGAUGAUGACUUUGACCCCGGGCAUUACGUUUGGCGCAUGGAAAAGGAUGCCUUGGACUUGUGUGAAAAUGAAGAAGAAGACACGGUUCUCAAUCUCGAAUCAAACAUCAUCUAUUACAAGACAAACUUCAUCAAGAAAGAAGACAUGGCAAGUAAACCUUCCAAGGUCCAGCAAAUGAAAGACGAGUACAAGCCUCGAGCAUCUUUCAAGAUCGAGUCGACCUCGGCUUCGCAAAGCGGCGACGGCAAGCAGCCCCAUAUACAAAACUACCUCUGUCCCGCGGCGAAAGACUGGAUCCCCGAUGCAAAACAUUUCCAAAUCAGAGAAAAUUUCAAGGAAAAGCUAAUAAAUGACGAAUCUUUCAAAAGAGGUUUUUCCAUCACUCAUCCGCCUUCGCGCAAACUCAGUCCUGACGUGUCGCCAAACUCGGCCCCUGGUAGAACCAACUCGGUGAUUGACUUGUCGAAAAUCUUGAGUAACGAGUCGAUCCAGCCGCUCAAGUUGAAAUACUCCAACACCUCGGACAUUCCAAUCCAUAAACUCAAUUCCAAGGUCAACUCGCAAGUCAACCUUCAAAGUCUCGCGCAGGGGUCAUCAACAGAAGACUCUCACACCGAUUUGCCCAAAUACGUUUCCCACUUGCAGAAUAGGCAUCGAUCGAGCUCCAACCCUAAUUCGUCGGUGUUUGUGGUUCCCCAAAGUAAAGACUCGUAUUUCCCUCAAGUCAUCAAUAGAGUGCGCUCAAAUGAGUCGGACAUGUCGCUAGAUUCGGUCGGCGAGCAAAGCUUUGACGAGUUGGACAUUAUAGAUGAAAAAUCUGAACCCUUGUUCACGUCAGCGGGAUCGGCAGCUGCCAAUGCAAACGCAGUGCGAGCAUCGCCCAUAGACACGCUAAACCGAGCCAGGUCGCUCAACAAGAAACGAACAAACAAUCCGCUUUUACUUUCGUACGAAAGGCGCUCGCAGCAAAAUGUAUCGACCACGUUUGGCAAAAUGACAACCGCAUCGCCUGCAAUUGGCGAUACCGAGGAACGAGGAGGCACCGAUGCACAAGCAGAACGUGGCCGUCCAAAAAGCUCCAACGAUGCAACAAAUGACUCUGAUGGAGAGAACGAUAGAGAUAGAGGCAGCGACAAUGACGGCAAUAGCGACAGUGACAGCGAUAGUGGCAGUGAUGCCGCAAGUUUCCAUAGCAGCAACAGUGAAGAAAAGAACUUCUUGCUCAAAUUCACCAAAAAGCCCUGCGGAGGAGGCUCAACCCAUGAUUUUACCCCACGCUCGCAGAUCGAUACAUCGAGUUGCAAACCGGGGAAUAACUCCAUCAACUUUUAUUCCAAUGCAACCAACACCACUACUACUCGCAACACUAAUGCUAAUACUAAUGCUACUACUAGCAACAACAAUAACGCUCCCUUGGCUAACGUCACCAAGAAAUCACGGCCAGUUUUCUACAAUUUCGACCCCAGCGACGAUAGCGACCCCGAAAUUACCGACAUGAGACUGGCUCAGAAUUUCAAUAGAGAUUUAAACCAAAGUCCUUCGCGCAACGAAGAUAGGUACCUUUGGUUUGGACAAAAGAGACUGUAA